AUGGAGCCACUUGAGGCUACGUCGCAGCCGAACCGAUUGGGGGACUGGCCGGAGUCGAGUGGCCAUGCUGAUGGUGGCGAGGGUGGCUAUAGUUCUGAUAGCUAUAGUGAGAGUGGUACAAAGAUCCCGCCCACCCCAGCGACCCCUGACCAGAGGUGGUUGAUUACGCCUGAUGGGGAGAAGUCUUGGAAACACGGUCGUGGUGUCCGCAGGCCCAACACAGUCCUUGGUGUGAUUUGUCGCCAGAGCUUCCCGGGGUGGGUCACGUUGCCCGGUGAGGGCCAGGUUCCAGAGCUAGGAAUGACCUGGGAGCACUACUUGGCUGCCCCGGCCCCGCCGGGGGAGAGGAUCGGCGGUGUCGAGUGCCACACGGUGGCCGACGUUGUGAUCCAGACGUUUUGGACCUUUUACAGGUGUGCUGAGGGACAGGAGGAGGCCGCGGCUCGGGAUGUCCAAGUCGAAGUGCCGCACAAAGUAUCUGAGUAA